UUGAUCGGGAUUUCAAUAUCCAUAGCAACAGCUUUAGCCACAGCCGAUGGACCUGAUGCCAAACAACGUGCCAAGGCGGCAACAGCCAAGACCACUGCCACUCCAAAGGCCGUAGAGAGCGCAAAUGCGAAAGCCGCAGCAAAAACAUUAGCGAAGCCUGCCGCCGCAGCACGGGAAUCAAAAGUUCUCAAGACAUCAACUAGUACCACGAACGCCAGCGAUAAACGCGGAAAGCGCACACUUUAUGACUUCGAGAACGCCGGCUACCUCUAUCCGGAAAUCGCAAGUCGACGCGCUGGUUACGAGAACGAUGGACAGGCCUAUUAUCCGCAAAGUGGCUAUUACAACGGACAAGAUGCGAUUGCACAAUUCCCAAACAAUUAUAUUGGACCUCAGUACUAUCCACAAUAUUUGGAAGCGCCCGAGCCGAUUAUCGAGAUCAUCAUAAAGGAUUCAAAUGAAACGCUGCCUGAGCCCGAACCGCAACCCAUUGUCACGAAGAAAAAGAAGGAGAAGGUUCAUGUUUUCUAUGUGAACUACAAGAAAGAUCAAAACAACAAAUUGCAUUUGGAAAGUCCCAUCGCCUCACUCAACAACGAUGACAACGAAGAAGAAGAGGAGGAAGAGGAGGUUGUUCACUACCCUGUACCUGCGACACCAGCUCCGCCAGUAAAGACCACAACGCUGCGCACUAUCAUCCACCCCGAUUCGGAGAAAUAUCACAGCAAUAGUGGCAUUCAUGUAACCUUCGGGUCCGAGGACAAGUCUCAGGCGGGACACCAGCUUGAGGAACAUGACGCCGAAAGCGUACAGAGUCAAGUGGUUGCCAUACCUGUCGGAAGUGGCGCACAGACAGGCAGCUUCGAGACAGACGCUUACAAUACCCGAUCCGACUUUGGCGCUAGCGCACACAGUCAGUCGCAAGUUGGUGCUAAUCAAAUAUAUACGGGACACUUCCAACAGACACAUCCGCAACAACAACAACAACAACAAGCACAGCAUCAGUACCAGCAUCAGAAGCAACAAUUGCCACUGCAGCAAAGCGGUAAUUACUUCCGUCCACCAGCCGCCCUUGUUCAACAGCCAUCUGCGAAUUUCUAUCAAAAGCAGCAACAAUCACAAUACCAACACCAACAGCAACAAACCCAACAGUCACAACAACAACAGCGCCCUCAAUUCAGCUCAUCGCUUAAAAAUGUGGCAAAUCCACCACCGCCACCAUCUCAGCAACCCUUGCCGACUUUGCAACAGUUGCCGCAACUGCAGGCGCAGUUCCGUAAAACUUUUGGAGCUUCUAACUCCGCACAAGGCCAUUUUUACUCUAAUUACAAUCAACAAUAUCAGCAACAGCCUAGUAACCAGCAACAAUCCUUCUUCAGCAGUCUAAUUCAGAAACCCACGCCCGCUCCGACGAAGCAAUCGGUGUUCUUCCCCACCGCACCACCCAAAACUCAAGAGUUGCCUUCCCGUCAAUCGGGCUUACCUUACCAACCAGUUAAGUUCCGUCCGACACUUCCGGCGCAACCCCACAUUAAGCAGGUUCCCAUACCGGCCAAAUUGGAGAACACGAAUUAUCAAAAUUACCACCAACCACAACCACAGCAGCCUUCCAACGUGGCGAAACACCAGCAGAGCUAUCACUCACAACAGCCCUUCCAGUUCAAUCGCCAGCCACAGUAUGUACAACAGCCGACCUUCUCAUUACCCUCACCACAGACGACACAAUCUAGCAGCAACAAUGGCAAUUACUUUAAACAGACGUCUCAACAAUCACACUCUCACUCUCAGUUGCUGACGCAAAAGUUGGCCUCCAGCCGUUUUCAACCACAGCAGCAACAACAAGCACAACAGUCUCCCCAGCAGCCUCUGCAACAGCAUCAAGGACAGAACCAACAAAAGACUCAUCAACAGUCCUAUCAACAGAACCAGCAACAGACUCAGCAGUUACAGCAGCAGUCAUAUCAAGCAUUGCAGAAGAAUCAACAACAAAGCCAGAACCAAGCUUACCAUAGUCAACAAAGCAGUUUACCAAGCCCCAGCAGUCCCACCGCUGCCUCAUUGCAGUCGCCGUCGGACCCAAUUAGAUCCAUUCACAACUACUUUGGAGUACAAGCUUCCAAGGAAACUGAACUUCUUAAGUCCAUACCGAAAUAUGAGCAGCACAUAACUGAGACUAUUGAGACUCCAAUUGGCGGCGGCGGUAGGAGCAAUGGACAAUACAAUGGCUUUGGCAGUUUUGGAUACCAAAUACAAAAUCAGGUAUUGCAUGAUAUACCAGCGCCCCAUUUGGGACCCACGCCGGCGCCAAACACAGCUCAACAAUCGUACCAACAGCAACAGCAAUCCAGCUCAAACUUUGCCAGUGGUAGUUCGGUGAAUACUCAUUACCUCACAGCGGCGGCUUUGCAAUCGGUAAAAAAUCAACAACAACAGCAGCAGCAACAGCAACAAUUCAGCAAUUUUGUAACCGCACAGAAUGGAAAGCAUUCUGCGUAUUCGACGACGACGCCAGCUCCUCCGCAGUAUGCACAAACCACAGACGGCGAGAAGGUCAUGAUUAUAACGCCUUUACCACCGACGGUAUACAAUCAAUAUCACUCCACUCAGUACCAGCAAGAAGCAACUGCCACACAAGUGCUCGCCAGUUCACCCUCUUUGCAGGCACAGCCAGCCACUAACUUCGCUCAGCAACCAAGGCAAACUGGUGGCGGUAGUUUGAUCUCCUCAACCGUUUCCAACGCUGCUGCUGGCGGUUCAUCCCAAUUUGGUGUAUCGACGUUCCACUCUGAUGUCUUCAAAGAAUUAGAACAGCGUCGCAAUCAAGAAAAAUCCACAGCGAGCCAAUUUAGUUUUGGCUCACAGUCGGCAUCAAGCAAUGACAAGCCCUACCUACCCGCCAUAGCAACCAGCGCCACUAACACCAAUUACGGUUCAGUCUCCACCGCAAGCAGCAGCACUCCCACUCCACCGAUCACACAGAAUGCUGAAGGUACCAAAAAAGAAGCUAAAGCCUCACAAACACUACUUCAAUUGCCCGACGAAGUUCCGGACGACUUGCGCCAACAGCUGCUCUCAUCCGGUAUUCUCAACAACGCAGACAUUUCCGUCUUGGACUACGAUAAGGUGGGCGACGUCGCUUUGGAAAAUCUACCCGCCGAGCAUCUGCAGCACUUCUAUGGAGCUGGUGGAGCAGCACAGAUCUCCGCUUCGAAAAAAGUCGUCACGGUGGUCAAGCCGAAUGGCGAUAAGGUUUCGCUUAGCGAAAAAGAUAUUGAACGCGUCAAGCAGUCGAAUGCAUUGCCUCACAAACAAGGUGUAGAUGUGAAAGUCGUGCAUUUCGAUGCAGAAAACGAGAAGAGUGUUUCGGAGAAGUAUAUUAAGACCGAUGCGACUGUUGUGCCACCUGUUGACUUGGCGGAACGUCAGUAUAAUCGCUAUUUACCGCUCAAAAUUAACGGUGCCCAAUUCCCUUUGCCCGAUAGUGAGGAGUUGCGCGACAAGAAGAUCGUCAGUGUUGUGGUUUUGGCUCCAGUUGAGGCACAACCACCAGCUAACGACAGCACUGAACGCCGUAGUGAACGCGAUGCCGCAGCUGAUGAUAAGGAAGUGAAAUUCAUUGGUGGCGACCUUAUCAAGACUUUGGUUAAGAAGCCUACAAAGGAGAAUUUCAAGCGUUGGCUGGAGAAAGAAGCGCGAACGGACGUGGAACAGCAAUCCGUGGUUCUACUAGUGGCGAAAUCCAGCGAUGAAGCAGAGCAGGAGAUCUUCAUGUACGACAUAUCCACGGGGGCAGUGAACAAAUUGAAUGGCGAACUCUCGAGUGCUUUCGUGAAUGUGGCUGAGGAGAAUGCCAGUUCAGAAGAUUUGGAGCACGCCUCAACCUUGGACCCCAGCGUGCUGGAGACCAUGAUGCAAAAGAGUCGAAGAUGAGCGGCAAGCGCUGCGAUCAAAUGUGCCACCCAAAUGUGCGAGAAAGCCAUUUAAAUAAAGAAAUUUUCACAACACUAUCUGCCUGAGGAAAAAACUAAAGUGACUCGUUAGAAGUCAAACCAAGCUCUUUAGACAUCGGUUGCCAAGCGUCACCUACGAAAUAUAAAAUACGGGGGAUCUCAGAUGCUCCCUCUAAGACUUACUUCUGCUAUUCUGUAAGCUGCCUUCGCCAUCACUUUCGUCUUUACUAUCUUCAUAAUAUUUCGUUUUCUGCCGUUAUCAUUAUUAUUAUUUUUCUUGGUAACGGUUCCCUGUGUGGCUCUUAUUUCUUUUUUCUGUCGGAAAUAAGUACACGAUUCGGUGGAAUCUACGAAGUUUUCUCUUCUUCGGCUACUCUUCAACUUUUGUAUAAAUUUUAUAUUCUUUAUUUAAUUAAUUAUAGUUAAUUUUUAUACGAUAAAUAUUUUUGUACAUAU